AAUACUCUUAUUAGUAAAUUUUAUAGCGGCACAUCGGCGGGACGGCAGGCAGCCUUGCAGGUAGCGUCACCUGACCGACGUGAACUGACCUACGCGGACGAGCAUCGCCGUUGAUUGAACCCAUCAGUGAAUCAGCUGAUCGCUUACUCACGUGGGCGCAGUCAGCUGUGUGCGCGAUCAUGGACGAGCUCACGGAAGAGGAUCUCGCGAUACCGCCGGCUAAGUACGAGUAUCUCGACCACACCGCGGACGUACAGUUGCACGCAUGGGGCGAGACGAUGGAGGAAGCCUUCGAGCAAUGUGCCAUGGCGAUGUUCGGUUACAUGACAGACCUGGACCGGGUGGAAAUCGAGCAGAUUCAUCACAUAGAGGCCGAAGCUGACGAUCUCGAGGGUCUGCUCUUCCACUUUCUCGACGAGCUACUCUUCAUGUUCAGCGCCGAGCCGUACAUCGUCGCCAAGAAGGUCAAGAUUACGGAAUUCGACGGGCAGGCCUUCAAGAUCAAGGCGACCGCGCUCGGCGAAGAGUUCACGAUCGGCAAGCACACGCAAGGUGCGGAGGUGAAGGCCAUCACGUAUUCCGCGAUGCAGAUCCACGACCGUCCAAAGGUGGAUCGGCCCGAGGUGUUCGUCAUCGUCGACAUAUGACGCGUAACAUCAGCCCAGCCCUAUUAGCCCUUACCCGCCGUUUCCCUGUAUUCCCUCGUGCAGCGCGCGCGCGCGCGCGCCUUCGGACGCAACGGCCAAGUGGGGAUGACUGAUCUGUUACGGAGGGUUGGAGGGAAGUAGGGGAACAGUAGGGCCGCCGGAGGGCAAGAAGGGAGGGUGCGCCUCCCCUACGGCCUACAUAGAGGAUACGAUCCUUUUGUAGUUGAGUAGGGUUCAAAUAAAUACGUUACGAAGAAAGCACCGGGCCCCCUUCUUGGUGACCUGACUCAGGCGCGUGUCAAGACGGGCACCUGGAACGCGCGCGCUCACCAAGUUGAGGACCCGCGGGAGGUGUCCGUUUGCGGCCGGAGCACACCGGUAUAUCUCGUUAGAAUACUUUUUACUGUCAUUAUUGUAGAACCAGAUCGUAUGAAUUCAUAUGUAUGAGUUAUGCCGCUGUUUGGCACGCGGUCAGUCACAAGGAAGUCGCGAUACUUUUUUUUUUUCGAGGUGUUUUCGCAACGCGCCCAAUUAGGAAAAUGUGUCUCCUGAGAAUGACUAAAAAGCAAAUUCUCCUAUUGGACGCGCGACACGUUCUGAAAUUGAUCAAAAAUGAAGUGUCAAGACCUUUUCGUGACUGACGUGUACGCAUCGAUGUUACAAAUCAUUCCAACGAGUUGCACUUCGACCGAAUUGGCGUUUCGUUGCAUUCAAUUAGAUUUACGCUCACGACCUACGAACAGCUCUUUCGCCGGCAUUCAUACUCGGGUCUUGUAUUUACGAUCGUCUUAAGUUCAUCUUCAGUGCGUUGUAGCUAAUGAAAUGGUCGGACACAACACCUCAAGAUGAACUUUUAACACGAUCUUAAACGUAAUAACGACUGUGAAUACCGGCUUUUGAUUACGCUUUUAUGCGCUCUUUCUCUCUAUUUGCGUUCUUUGAAGUCUCCGAAAUUCGUAGCAACGUUACAUAUCGCGGAAAACUUACGUUACCUCUUUAGACGCGAUAAGUUACACGAGAUCUGCGCGAUUGUUGCAUUUCCACCGGAGCGCUGAUAUACUCAACAUGCACUUUCCUGUAUUAUUCAGGUCGCAUGUGCGCGCACACACACCUAUCGGGCACGUCGUGACUUGUGAAAAUAAAAAUGCUCAAGUGUGAGAAAAAGCGACGGCGUGCGCGCCGUCCCGGCGAUUUGCUCAGAAAU